AGUGCUAAAGCACCGUUCGCAGGGAGGACCGGUGAGCUGCCUCAGUAUGCGGUCCUUUGUCACGGUAUACUUAUUAAUGCAAGUGAAGCUACAAAUACGUUUUCUCUAUUAAUAUGUCAGUGCGAUUUCUGUGUCCGUGCUGUUCUCACGCGCGACUAAACUCAAGUGCUCGUCGCAGCAGCGCGCUGAGCCGCGGAAUUGAAUGCGGGGCUCUCAUUUUCCUCCAGGCUAACAAUAAAUGCCGUAAAUGCCCAGGAUAGGAAGGGUUCCGCAAUCUUCCAAUGUGAUGCAUCUGUGUAAGAAGAAGAGCGCUCGAUUAAGAUGGGUAAUAAGCAAACGAUAUUUACUGAUGAACAGCUAGACGCCUAUCAGGACUGCACGUUCUUCACUCGCAAAGAAAUCCUUAGGUUACAUGGACGGUACCAUGAACUGGCUCCACAUUUAGUACCAAUGGAUUACACCAAUGACCCCGAUGUUAAAAUCCCCUUGGCGCUUAUAGUAAACAUGCCAGAACUGAAGGAGAAUCCCUUCAGAAAUCGCAUUGUGGAAUCUUUUUCUGAGGAUGGAGAGGGGAACCUCAGCUUCAAUGACUUUGUGGACAUGUUUUCAGUGCUCAGCGAAAUGGCCCCAAGGGAACUCAAGGCCAUUUAUGCUUUCAAAAUAUAUGAUUUCAACACGGAUAAUUUCAUAUGCAAGGAGGAUCUGGAGAAGACUCUGAACAAGCUGACCAGGGAGGAGCUGACACCUGAAGAGGUGAACCUGGUGUGUGAGAAGGCCAUCGAAGAGGCUGACCUGGACGGAGAUAACAAGCUCUCCUUUGCUGACUUUGAGAAUAUGAUUUCAAAGGCACCUGACUUUCUAAGCACCUUCCAUAUACGGAUCUAAAGGGGACUCCCCUGAUGAAUGUACAGAUGAAGGCG